AUGGGGACGCUUGCGAUGAUGAGCUGCUUGCGCCACUUUGCUUUAUCACUCGCCUUUUGUUUGAUAGCCACCAAUGUAGUCGCCGAUGAACCUGGACCGAAUUCGUAUGUCUACAGAUCACCGCCACCUUCUUAUGUUUAUAAAUCACCACCACCAUCUUCAUCAUCCCCACCUCUUCCUUACAUCUACAAGUCACCUCUGCCACCUCCGCCUUCGCCAUCUCCGCCACCACCAUAUAUUUACAAAUCUCCUCCUCCACCGUCGCCUUCACCACCACCUCCGUAUAUAUACGAGUCUCCACCUCUUCCUAAAAAAUCUCCUCCUCUACCUUAUACUUAUAAGUCACCACCUCCACCAUCGCCAUCACCACCACCACCAUAUGUUAACAAGUCCCCGCCACCACCAUCUCCAGCGCCGCCACCUCCUUAUGUCCACAAGUCUCCGCCACUUCCAGAAAAAUCUCCUCCUCCACCACCAUCUCUAUUUCCGCCACCUCCUUAUGUCCACAAGUCACCUCCGCCACCUCCGCCUUCGCCAUCUCCACCACCACCACAUUCACCUCCGCCACCUCCGCCUUCGCCAUCUCCACCACCACCAUAUGUUAACAAGUCUCCUCCACCACUAUCUGCAUCGCCACCACCUCCUUAUGUCCACAAGUCUCCGCCACCUCCAGAAAAAUCUCCUCCUCCACCCUAUAUUUAUAAGUCGCCACCUCCACCAUCUCUAUCUCCACCGCCACCAUAUGUUAACAAGUCCCCUCCACCACCAUCUGCAUCGUCACCACCUCCUUAUGUCCACAAGUCUCCGCCACCUCCAAAAAAAUUUCCUCCUCCACCCUAUAUUUAUAAGUCGACACCUCCACCAUCUCCAUCUCCACCGCCACCAUAUGUUAACAAGUCCCCUCCACCACCAUCUGCAUCUCCACCACCUCCUUAUGUCCACAAGUCUCCACCACCUCCAUCAAAAUUUCCUUCUCCACCUCCUUAUAUUUAUAAGUCACCAUCUCCUCCUUCACCAUCAUCGCUACCUCCAUAUGUUUAUAAGUCUCCUCCACCACCAUCACCAUCAGGGGCGGAGGCACUUAUACGGUUCCCCGGGCUGUAG